AUGGUGAUGAUCAAGGCUUCAUGGGUGUCCAUUUUCGCCAUCGCGGCAGUUCUCCUAGUGAUCCUAGCCCCAGCGGCAGAAGCGGUGACGUGCUCGCCAAUGCAGCUAAGCCCAUGUGCGGCGGCCAUAACGUCGUCCUCUCCACCUUCAGCGUUGUGCUGCGCGAAGCUGAAGGAGCAGAAGCCAUGCCUCUGUGGGUACAUGAGAAACCCUAGCCUCCGUCGCUUCGUCAGCUCCCCCAACGCUCGUAAAGUCUCUAACCGCUGCAAGCUCGCCAUCCCAAGGUGUUGA